UCUCAUACUGAGUCCUCGACCAUACGCUGUCGUCAAAAAAGGCCGAGAGCUUGAACUUACAUGUCAGUCCAACAGGUCUGGUGGUGUGUAUUGGUUUUCUACAGUCGACGACCACGGAAGGCAAAUCGAACUUGGUACCGGUGGAGGUGACUUUAAAUAUUGUGUAAAUCAAACACAAUUAGUUACAAUCGAAUGUAGUUUUGAAGAACCUUGGACAUUCAAAUUAACAUUGCUAGCACCAGUUCAUAACCAAAUUAUCUUUUGUGCUCGAACGCUAAACCGUGUGGUCUCAAAUUCAAAUACUACAAUUUUAAUACAAGUACCUGUAUCAACGGUGACUCUGUCACCAUUACAAUCGGCGGUCGAGGAUGGUAAGGGAAAAAACAUAACUUGUGUGACAAAUGACUGUCGCCCUCCGGCAAACAUUACCUGGUUUAAAGGAAACUCAGAAGUAACCAAUCAGAUAACCUCUACCAUAGAGAAUAGGUCUACCAACCUGACGAGGACUAUUUCAGUGCUACAUUAUACGGGUAUUGGGGAUGAUUAUGCAAUACCAAUAGUGAGGCCAGAAAUACUUUUAGUUGAGUGUGAGGAUGUUUCUGCAAAGAUAUUUUGGACAGAACCCUCCGAUCACAGUUCCUUGAAUUCAUCUCUUCCACAAACGUUUCUUCAAAUAAGCACAGAAAAUAAUGCUUUUGUGAACUGCACGUAUGAAAGAAUUGAAACUAAUAAGAGCAAUUUCUAUAUUUAUGAAGUAAUCAAUUUAAAACCUAAUACAAAAUACAGAUUUAAAUUCAUGGUCUCUGAUGGAUUUAAAAGUGAUUCCAUGAACAUUCAGACAUGUUUCACGGAUGAAGAAAAAGUUAAAAGUCAUAAAGACGAGAGCAGCAUGGGACCAGCUCUUGGUGGAGCAGUAGGUGGCGCCCUGUUUUUGGUGUUAUUUGUUAGUGUUGGAGUCGUUACUCUUUAUAAACGCAAACAAGAAAGUCGAAAAAAGUCAACAGAAGUAACAUCGAGUGCACACUACGUAGAACACUCUUGUCCUACGACUGAUCAAACUUAUCAAGAAAUCUAUUCCAAUCAAAACACGGAAUUACAAGAAAAAGAUUACGUAGAUCAUUUAUGCCCGGCGACUGAUCAUCCUUAUCAAGAUGUUUCAAACCAAAUCAAAGAUCCUGAAAAUACGCUUGAAAGAAUAGAAUACAUGGAAAUACCAGACACAAUCCUGACGAACGAAGAAAGUCAUUAUCAUACUUUAAAGUAG